CGCACAACAACACGUCUUCCCUUGAAGUCAAAGAAGAACAAAAGACAGAGGAACUACGAAGAGAGAUAUUACCCAGGCAGAGGAGCUACGCACCACCGCAGCGCAACUUUUUCCCUUCGUAGCUCUAGUCUUUGAUCUCUCAAACCCCAAGAAGAGACUGUAAACAAAACCCGCCCCAAAAGCCUUUGCCGCUCGCCCGCUCUACGCGUUCCUGGAUCACCUCUACCACCACUACAAUAAUCAUCGGAACCACCAAUCUCAGAUCACGAAACGCCCCCCCAGUCCAGCAUGAGUUCAUCUUACACCGACGAAACUGUGCGUUCGAAGUUGUCGGCGCUCAACGACUCCCAAGAUGCGAUUGUGGCUGUUGCGCAGUGGAUCAUGUUCCACAGGCGACAGGCAAAGCGCUCGACAGAGUUAUGGUUCGAGAGGGUCAAAGAAUCAUCCGCCCACAGGAAGCUUAUGCUUAUUUACCUCGCUAAUGAAAUCAUCCAGCAGUCGAAGGCGAAGAACAAGCCCGAGUUCGGUAACGCUUUUACACCGCUCAUCGCCGAUGGAACCGCAGCCGCAUACGAUGGUUGCAAGCCGGAUAUUCAGGAUAAGAUGAGGCGAGUGGUUCAGGUCUGGAGGGAGAGGAACAUCUUCAAGCCCGAGGUUCAGGCGGAGAUUGAGACGAAGAUCGAGGCUAUCGACCGAAAAACAUCCGGUGCUUCGAAGGGUGGUCUCGGCGGAGGUCUGAAGCUCGGCACCGGCUUCCUGGGCGCGGGAGGACUAGGCAAAGGCCCCGAUGUGCCGCUUGAAUUCGUGCCUCUCCUCAAGACACACAAGGAGAUCCGCGACAAGGCCUCAACGAUCGCCAUUACGACUGGCACCGCCAAGAACGAAUUUCACAAGCAAUUCGAUGUCGAGCAGCUCCCGGCACCCCCGGUGUAUGCCGCCAGGCUUUCUACACUUCUCAAGACCCUCGACACUGCGGAUAAUGCGGUCAAAGGUGCCAUCGAGGCCCGCAAAUCUCAUAUCCGCAACAUCGAGAGGUUGCUGGAACAGAGCAAGGCAGCAUUGGCCAAGGACGAGCAGGUGGCCCUGGAUCUUGCAGAGAAGCGAGCAAAGGCUGAGGAGACUAAGGCAUCCGUCGAGAAUCUGAUCAUGAAGGAUCUUGAAGAGAAUCCCAGCGGUGGAGAUGGGUCCAGAACACCAAGGGAAGAAAGUCCCGAGGAGCUCAGAUCCCCGGAAAUCGAAGCCUUGACUCCACCGGCCCAGAUUAUGCACGAGCCUGAGCCGCCCACCCCCGCAAGCGAGCUUCAUCAUCGUCACUCAAUCGCUCCUGCUGCACCUCCCUAUCCGGCCGAGUUCCAUGCUGGAGCUUCCGAAUUGUUGGCCAGUCUAGCUGCGCCGCUCAACAACAACGGCUCUGGUCUCAAGAGAUCUCCGUCCGACGAUGCCAACAUGUUUGAGGGCAUCGACGAGGAUCUCGUCAACAUGUUUAAAAAGGAAGGCGCCCAGCAGCAACAGCAGCAGAAGAGGCAGAAAUUUGAGCCACAGGGUGACGACGAGUAUGUCCCGUAACGGCGUGAGCAAUCUCGAUUUCGUACAUGUAUGCAUACGGAUGAACACAUUUUCGCGAGUAAUUCAGUGUUCAGAUCUAUGGAGAAUUGGAAAACGAUUUUGUUUCAGGGGUCCUUUGUUGAUGUUUCCUUAGUUUUCAGUUUUACACUUCGGUGCGGGAAUUUGGGUGUACUUUUAGCGGCCACAAUACGAUUCAUAAAUGAGCAAAUUAUCCCC